AUGAGCUGGACAAUUCCGGACGUCGGUUAUACGACCGAAUAUGAGAACGAUCGUACCCUGGAUUGGAUUGUCCAUGGCUCGACGGGAUAUCACUGGACGUUGGUUUACAACCGAUCGCGCACGGUAACGACUGUGCUAUGGACCAGUGCUGCCAGAAAUGAGCCCCUGCACGCUCGGCACGAUCACGCACACAAAGAAAGGAGUAUUCAACACAUGAAAAACGGAGGCAAGUGCGGAGAAUGCGGUGACGAUUAUUCUUUACUUCGACCACGGCCAAAUGAAAAUGGGGGCAUUUAUGGAACUGGCAUCAUUGUUCAAAAAUACAAAGCAGGUUCUACGAUCAAUGUAACUGUUCGCCUUACAGCCAGUCACAUGGGUUAUUUCGAAUUCAGUGUUUGUCCAUUGAAAACAGAAAAGGAAUUAGAAACAGACGAAUGCUUCGAUCAACAUUAUCUCUUAUUAGCGGAUGGUAGCGGCCACAAAUUCCCUAUUAAUGGGGCAAAAGACUAUGUUGUCAGACUGAUUCUACCAAAAGAUGUCACAUGUAAACACUGUGUACUCAGAUGGAACUACCGCACCGGAAACACUUGGGGUACCUGUGAAGAUGGAAAACAAGGCAUGGGUUGUGGUCCACAAGAAACUUUCAGAAGUUGUGCGGAUGUCUCUAUUGUAAAUUAAAAUAAGCUGCAACUUCAUCACAUUCGAAACCUAAUCGUAUUUCAAAUUAAUCUUCUUAUUAUACUUUACGCCAUUUUAAAAUCGACUGGUUAAUAUCAUAUCAGCUACACUUCCAUAAGAGAUAGCGUUGAAACAUGUAGGGCAGAAAUAACAUCUCGAACAUUUUCUUUUUUAUCUGGAACAAGAAUAGUAAGGCUGAAACUAAAGGAGAGGAAUAAAUAUCAAUGAAUGUAAUAUAUAUGAUAUAUGUCCAUUAUAUUAUAUGCUUGCUUCAUUCACAUGUUUCCUUCAUUUAGUUUAAUUCUUACAUACAGUACUCUCCACAAGUUUAGAAACACUCUAUAAAAGUAUACAAUAAAAAGAAAAUAACUUUAAUUUCUUUGAUAUUUGCCGAAUGCUAUAUCCUUCUUCUUGUGAAAUAUAUCUUGACUCGCAAUUCAUAUGGAAUCUGGCAUGUCGGGGCCAUUUUUAACGAUUGUAGUAAUUUUUGUUAUUUUUACAGAAACUAAAAUCAAACUGCACUCAAAUGAGUUCUUAUCACUCUGAUGUAUGUUUCUAAUGCGCGCAAACAUUACAGGCGUAUCACUACAGCAUCUGAUAUGUAGCACUAUUUGGCAGAACAAAUCAACGCACGAAAUUUAACUCCGAGUAGUUCGGUGCUGCGUUAUAACUAUUCGACAUAUUUUCGACAUAAACAGACGUAACACUGUCCUAGAUAAAAAUAUAUAUCGUCAUUUAAACGUCUUACAAUAUAUUCAUAUGAAAAUCUGUACAGAUCGCUGCCAUGCGAUUGUCUAUUCGUAAAGUGCAAGGUGUUUCCAAACUUGUGGAGGGUAGUGUAUGUCUAUAAUUAAUAUUUGUAUGUAUGUUUAUGGUUAAUAUUCAUAAAAAAAUCUGAAGGAGAUAUUUAAAUUUUUAAUUGAAUUAAUGAGAAAAUUUCUGAUUUGUAUACCAAGAUUUGAUUAAUAG